CCUGGAGCCCGCCCUUCGCCCAGGCUCCGCCUCCCCCCACGUGUCUGCGGCCGAGGGGAGGCGCCUGAGCCGGAGCGGGCUCUCCACCGGUCUGGCCCGGUCCUCACACACACGGGUUCUGUCAGCGGCUCCCGGGAGCGGCCCCGGCUGCCGGAUGCUUCCGCCCUGGCUGCGGCGGGCCGGGCUGGACGCUUAGUGCCCGGCUCGAGCCCUGCCUGAAGCGCCCGCGGGGGUGGCAGCGGCCUCCGCCCCGCGGAGACCGAGCGGCUGGAGGACGAGGCGGCGGCCGCGGGGAAGAGGAUGGGGGCUAACCAGUUAGUGGUGCUCAACGUGUACGACAUGUACUGGAUGAAUGAAUACACCUCAUCUAUUGGAAUUGGAGUUUUUCAUUCUGGAAUUGAAGUAUAUGGCAGAGAAUUUGCUUAUGGUGGCCAUCCUUAUCCUUUUUCUGGAAUAUUUGAAAUUUCCCCAGGAAAUGCGUCUGAACUAGGAGAAACGUUCAAAUUUAAAGAAGCUGUUGUUUUAGGAAGUACGGACUUUCUAGAAGAUGAUAUAGAAAAAAUUGUAGAAGAGCUGGGGAAAGAGUAUAAAGGCAAUGCCUACCAUUUGAUGCACAAAAACUGCAAUCACUUUUCUUCAGCUUUAUCAGAGAUUCUUUGUGGGAAAGAGAUUCCUCGCUGGAUCAACCGACUGGCCUACUUCAGCUCCUGUAUACCCUUUCUACAGAGUUGCCUCCCAAAGGAGUGGCUCACGCCUGCUGCACUGCAGUCUAGUGUCAGCCAGGAGCUCCAGGAUGAACUGGAAGAAGCAGAGGAUGCAGCUGCAUCCGCUGCCAUGGCAAGUGCUGCAGCUGGUGCCAGAACUGGGCGUCACACUAAACUAUAAGUUUUCCAAAGUCACGCCUUCAGAACUGUCUCUGGCAGUUGAGUAUCACUAGAGAAAAAGGAAAUAGAGUAAAUGUCCUUUCGAUAUUUUGUAUGCAAAGAUGGCUCUCCCCCAAAUCCCAGUUUUUCAGCUCAGGAUUAUAUUUGUAAUCAAAAACAAAAACAAAAAAGAAGAAGAAUCACUUGGCGCAGGAGGGAGAACUUUGUAUGAAGCUGCCCUCUUUUCUUUUCUUUUCUUUUUUAAUCCACUUGUAAAUUUGGAUUCACUUCCUCUGUUUUAUAUAAGCUCUGUUAAAUUACGUUUACAGUAUUUUGUAUCACUGUUUACAAAUCUUGCAUGGACUUCUGCCACCGUGAAAGAAGAAAAUCUUCAUCUUCAAAAAUUAGGCAGGUCAUCUUUAUAUACGUCCUGACAGUUGCCAGAACUACAGCAGAAAUAGCAGGCACAGGAGAAGCCUUACCAGGCUACAGUUGCCACCACCUGUUUAAGAGCUGUCUGUUAGGUUUGUAUUUGUUUUGUUAUCAUUUUUGGCACCCAAAUACAGGGAUCCAAACUGGCCUGACAUGAAGGAGCACACCUACAGCCAGGGGUGGGGCCUGGGUCAGUUCUUCUCCACCCCUUCCUAUUCUGAGUAGCACAUUUCCCAAGGUGCCCGUGGAGCAACUGGUUUCAUCCCAAGUAAGCCCACCUCAGCGGGGUGGUAUUCUUGUAUCUGCCUGGCUUGAUGCCUCUGAUUCUAUAAUGAUGUUUUCAUGGACGGUUCUCUCAUAACUGACAAGUGUUUUUGCACAUGUGUUGGGAAAGGGACUUCAUUUUUAUUUUUAACACAUUCAGCUCUUCCCUGCACAGGAUGUUUUUGGUGGGGUGAAAGUGCCCUAACCUAGCUUCCUGAGCAGCAGUACAAACUGACAU